AUGCUAAGAAAAGUUGCAAAAAUUCUUAUAACAAAACUUGCAAGAAUGAAGUUAUCCGAUGACCAGCGAAAAGAAGUGCUGAGUCCACUGCUGAGUCAAGGAUGGGAAAUGGUGGAAGGUCGCGAUGCAAUUCGAAAGGUGUUCCAAUUUAAGGAUUUCAAUGAGGCAUUCGGAUUCAUGUCAAGAAUUGCCUUAAAGGCCGAAAAGAUGGAUCACCACCCCGAAUGGUUUAAUGUGUAUAACAAGGUGGACGUUACUCUGAGCACCCACGACUGCGGAGGACUCUCACAGAAGGAUGUGACACUUGCGAAAUUCAUCGACACUGCGAAGAUAUGAUCUGUUUGUUUCCAUCUUUCGGGCGGAUUUUCUUUGAGCACUUCAUGUUUUUUGGACUUACCACUGAUCGACUCUCAUACUGUCAUUUCGUUAAUUUGUCAUAAAUAUGUACUCAUC